ACCAUGUGAAAAAAACUAAGUUUUCUGCUUAAAAUUUUGCUACACUGUGCUAGCUAACCCUGAAAGUGAAGCUAGUGUGAGGACGAUUGUUUUUCAUUAUUUUCCGGUCAAUUUUACUAAUGGUCAAGCACCGUAAUUUUGUUACAAAGAUUUCUGUCUAGGCGGAACGCGGGAGUGUGUUUCUGAUUGGAGCUGCACAUUUUUUUUUAUUUUUCUUCCGCUUCGCCAUCGUCGCUUGCCUCGAUCUGACGGCAUCAGCGCGUGGAAAACAUAAACGAGGGAAAAAGGAGUUUUGUAGUUGUUUUCAGCGAUGUACAGUCGCGGGUUGUUUUUGCGUGUUUUUGUACGCUAGUUACUGGAUCAAGAUUGCCGCACUGGGCGGUUUGCCGAUUACAAAGGCAGCAUUGAACCAUUAGUAAAGUCAAUUGUACACAUAAUCGCAAGAAAACAAACAAUCUCGUAAGUACGUACUAGCUUGACAAGUGGAUCGCGUUGUUAGAAUGGAUGAGCAAGGCGAUCAAACGCCACCACCGGCGCCCCCGGUUGAGGAGAGCACUGUCAGCACCGAGGCAGAAGAUGCCAUCGAUGCUGGCAUUGUGCCACCCGCUGUUACCGGAGAGGACUCUCAAGAGUCCUCCUCAGUAGCAGGAACGGACGAAGUUGAGGGUCAGAAGCUCGCUUCUAUUCCGACGGUGGCAGAAGAACAAUCCCAAGAUAAUAACACUGAUGAAAGUGUACCAGUAGUAACUCAGGAAGCUCAGGAACCUCCAGAACAGAUGGAAGUAGACGAAUGCUUGAUACCUCCGGUGGCAGAGGAGGACGAACCCGUUGUGACGGCGGAUAAAGGUGAAAAUGAUGAAGGUGGUGGUGAUGUUGCUGAUGAUACACCCGCAGAAAAGGACGACGGAGAUAGUUUUGCUCCUACGUUAGAAACAGUGGAAGAAAAGGGUGAAAGUCAGUGUGUUGAACAGCCGGAAGAAGAACCGACGAGGCACGAAAGUCGUCCGGAAAGUGCUGCCGAAGAUAAAGGAAACGAGUAUGAUUUGUUGGAAGACAUCGAAAUGACUAACGUUGCCGAAGGUGAACCGAUGGAUGAAACAGAUAAAUCACACGACCGAUCGUUGGCCACAUUGGACCCGUUCGAUCAGGUGAAGCACGCCGAUCAGUCCAAGGAUGAGUCUUCGGUGCUGCAGGAAAGUAGCGUUGCAACUGAGGGCGAUACUACGUUGGCUACGAACGAUACUGAUGACAAUCUGCCGUCAGGAAAUGAAACCACUAUAAACGAAAGUGUCGUCGCGGAUGUGACAGAAAACGUCGAGAGCAUGGAUCAAACUGAAACAUCGGAACCCACGGCAGAUGUGCAGCCCGCGGAAGAAACGGAACAUCCAGAUGAAAGUGUAGCUGAAGACAGCAUCGACGAACUGACGGAGGGUGAAGGCGUGGACGAGAAUGUCUGUCUACUGCCAGAUGACGAACGGGAACUCUCGGAAGCGGACAAAGAGCAGGCCCGUGUUGUUCGCGAAGCAGCGGAAGAAGCAGAAAAAAGUCUAGACGGUAUGGAUACCGGUACAAGCGGUGAGGUUCCAGUGGAAAAGGAAACACCAGAAGAUAAAGCAAAAGAAAGCGAUCAGGUUGAUGGGGAACCAGCGAGCAAAGACUCGGAGGUGGCUAGUGAAGAGCCUACAGAGGCGACGGCGGCGGCGGCGGCGACGACAACAGCGGAAGUUGAAGAUCAGAACAAGGAAAGUGCCCCACAGGAGGUUGAGGUUCGGCAGGAAGCGGCAGCCGAACAAAUCGAAGAAAUUGAAAAUGAACAAGAUCAACCAGCGGAUGCACCUCCUCAAGUCAAUGAAAUCCGCGAGGUGCCGGAACCGAUGGAGCAGACUUGUUUGAAGUGUUCCGCCGUAAAACCUUGCGAGUACAGUUUAAUCCAAGAGGAUGGUGAAGAGGCAAAAUUUAUCUGUUCCUUCGACUGUGUGCAAUCGAUGAGGACGGAGUCCCCGGGAAAAUAUGUGCUCGUUCAGAAGCGAGUACCGAUCGUGCAAAUUUUCGACUGUGAACAGAUUUGCUGCCGUUGCGAGAAAAGCACCACGUGCAAGUAUCGGUACCUGGGUGGCAAAGUCAGUGAUCAGAAUCGCUAUAAGUACAUUUGUGACACGAAAUGUGUUGAGCAUUUGACUACAAUCAACGGCGAGAAAUAUGUACUGAAGAAGAAGCGUUAUUUGAUUGACGAAAAAUCCGAAGCGGAAGAGAAAAAAUGCAUCCAAUGUAAUGACGUCAAGAGCUGCAAAUACUUUUUCUCGCAGGAUGAUGAUGAAUUGUUCAUUUGCCAUGAGGACUGUUUGAAUUUGCUGAUGACCGAGCAUCCGGAUCUGUUCCGUUUGAAGCGAAGAUCGGUCCGAGUUAGGGACCUACCGAAACGGAUUCCAACCGAACCGGAACCGGUGGUAGAAAAUGCCAAAGCGGUUGCCCGUACCGAAGAGGAAGCCGAACAUGCCCGUUUGGAUCGCGAUGCCAGCUAUAUGAGACGUUGUGCUCAGUGUUUUACACUUAUUCAACUGAACGAGAAAACUUUGCAGUGGGAAACAUUGGAUUUCUGUAACGAGAAAUGCUUGGGGAUUUAUCAAAAUUCGGUCGGAUCAAACUGUGCGAUGUGCAGUAACGCCGUGUCGGUGACCAGUCUGGGUAAAUACUGUGUCCGAUUUGGUUUCGAUGUACGACAGUUUUGUCGUUCGAGUUGUUUGGAUCAGUAUAAGAAGAAUUUAAAAGUUUGUUCCUACUGUCAGCGCGAUAUCACCGUCGGGGGACUUGGGUUCCUCGCACCGGUUGGCGAUAAGGGUCUGUUCAAAGAUUUCUGUACCCAGACCUGUUUGAAAAAGUACGAAGAGGUCUUGGAUCCCAGUAAGAAGCAGAUUCCUCACGUGUGUGCUGUCUGCAAUCACGAGAAGGUGACCAAAAUAAACGUUGUGCUGGACAAUCGUGAGCAUUUCUUCUGCAGUACGCCUUGUUUUUCGGCGUUCAAAUUCGUCAACAACGUCAACCCAGAUGAGUGUUCGAUGUGCAAACUAUAUUUCGAACGGAAGUCGGCCGAAUGCUUCACCAUCUUUACAUCGGAUCGUGGUCCGGAGGGAGCUCCGUUUUGUUCGAAGAUUUGCAUGAAUCUCUUUAUUAUCACCAACAGGAAGAUUGUCUCAUGCAACUGGUGUAAAGUGAAGAAGUACAAUUUCGAUAUGAUCCAAAAGGUGAUCGGAAACAUGGCCAUGUGUUCGCUGAACUGUUUAACUUUGUGUGAAGUGUCGGUGAAUGCACUUUCGAUGAAGCAGAUCCAUUGCGAUCAUUGCAAGCAGUUGAAAACCCCGCAAUACCAUCUAACGAUGAGUGAUGCCAGUGUCCGCAAUUUCUGUACCUAUCAGUGCGUGAUGUCCUUCCAGAGUCAAUUCAACAAAACUCCAUUGACGAUCGAUUCCGAAGAAGUACGAAAUAAUCCCGUUCCGACUGGGUUGCCAAAACGCGUCAAAAAGACAGGUUCACUGCCGGCAGUGGCAAUGGCAGCUGCAGCAUCUACUCCUUCGUUGCCUCUAGUGUCCCAAGGACAGAUGCCAGCGAAGAAGGGACGGCCUCCUCGAACGGCAGCUGCGGUUGCCAAUGCUGUUAUGAGUUCGGGUGAUUUGCCUGUCAUUUCAUCGGUGCAAUCUCUCGCCGGUCAAAUUGGUAGUGCUAAUCGAUCUACGCGCUCCAAAGUAGGACGUCCAUCUGCGGCAACGUCGGCGCCAUCCGCUUCGUCUAUGGAUCUUCCCGAGUUGAGAGUGUCCUUGGAACCACUCAGCGUACAGUUGACCACAGCAGUGCCGCCCCGGUACGAAGCACCUGAACCACCACCACCAAGAGUAGAGUUGAAAACGCAAAUCGUAACGGUACCGACUAUUCCGCCUCCUGUGGCAAACGCUGGCACAAUGUGUAAGCCUGUCCAACUAUCGAAAGCCGUAAGUUGUCGACCAGUUCAGUGCAACGUUGAGUGCCAGACGGAAGAUUGGUUGCAAAGAAAAAUUGUCAUUCCCAUUCCGGUACCCAUCUAUGUUCCAACACCAAUGCAUAUGUACUCUAUGCCGGUACCAAUCCCUGUUCCAAUACCGCUGCCUAUUCCGGUUCCCGUGUUUAUACCCACCACGCGAAAUUCCGCUAACGGUAUCAUGAAAGAAAUCAAGAAGAUCCAGGACAAAAUGCCUACCGAUCCGUACGAAGCCGAACUGUUGAUGAUGGCCGAGAUGGUUGCCGGUGAUAAGAAAAAAGACGACAGUGAUUCAGAUUCCGAUGACGAUGCCACGGAUCAGUACACGGGCACUGGAACCGAUCAUGGAAUAGAGAAUAAUACCUCCUUCAAUGAAGAUCUGGUGCAGAUGGCACUCAAAAUGGCAUCGAACGAUUUUGAAGAUCCGCCGGUGGAUUUAGAGUCCGCCAUGCAAGCAAAUACAAUCGCUCCACAACCACCGACGCACCAUGGCUACGAUGACGGAUCCCAGCAACAAAUACAUCACCAGCAGCAACUCAUGAUGCUUGAACAGCAACGUCAAAAUCAGACGGUCGCGCAACGAGGAGGACGCAAACGAGCUCAGAACUCUCGCGCCAACAAUAACAAUCGCCAGCAAGCUUCACCCAACAAACGCAUCAAACGUGAACAGAUCAACGAACCGUCACCUGAACCUCCUCGAGAACCGGUGGAAAAACCAGACGCCAACAUGUGUCUAAAAUACACAUUCGGGGUGAACGCUUGGAAGCAGUGGGUUCUUACUAAAAAUGCUGAUCUCGAAAAGAGCACCAUACGAAGGAAACCGUUCAAAUCGGAAAUUCUACAGUUAACUGCAGACGAACUCAACUAUUCUCUCUGUCUGUUCGUGAAAGAAGUGCGCAAACCGAAUGGAACCGAAUAUGCGCCCGAUACAAUCUACUAUCUGGUGUUAGGUAUCCAGCAAUAUCUGUUUGAGAAUGGACGAAUCGAUAAUAUCUUCACUGAUCCGUACUACGAGCGCUUCACUGACUGUCUGGAUGAAGUGGCGAAGAAAUUCUCCGUGCUAUAUAAUGAUUCCCAGUACAUCGUAACCCGUGUCGAAGAGGAACACCUUUGGGAAUGCAAACAACUAGGAGCCCACUCGCCACACGUUUUACUCAGUACACUAAUGUUCUUCAACACAAAACAUUUCAACUUGACGACUGUCGAGGAACACAUGGAGCUGAGCUUCUCGCACAUUAUGAAACACUGGAAACGGAACCCUAAUCAGGGUGGUGCUAAAAUGCCCGGUUCAAGGAAUGUGCUUCUGCGGUUCUAUCCGCCACAGUCAUCACUUGCCGCCAAUUCAAGAAAAAAGAAGGUCUAUGAACAACAGGAGAAUGAAGAGAAUCCCCUCAGGUGUCCGGUGAAAUUGUACGAGUUCUACCUGUCGAAAUGUCCGGAGAGUGUCAAAACCCGCAACGAUGUAUUCUACCUGCAACCGGAACGAUCCUGCGUGCCCGACUCUCCCGUCUGGUACUCGACGCAGGCCCUCAGCAAGGAUUCCCUGAGCAAAAUGCUGCACCGCGUUAAGAUGGUAAAGGAAAUAAACAUCGCCCUGCUCACCAGCUAAUGAAACGAGACCCACGAUGACGAGGACAACACUUGUAACAGCACCACAACCACCACCAGUUCCAACGCAAUCACAACCGGCCCGAAUGUAAACUUCUGUUCGACGAUGAAUCAGGUAGCGAAUGCUCUCAGUUCGCUUCCGUUUCGUAGUUUGCAGACAUCACUCCAGCAGCUACAUAAUCACCAACAGCAACAACAACAACAACAGCAGCAUCAGAAUGCCGUUUCCCAGCAGCAGAAUUACUUUCAACAUCAGGCAAACUGUAACAAUGUACAAGCCUCUGUGCCGACCUCCGGACAGCCUCCGGCCAGUUUCAUGGCUAACAACACAACGCAUCCGCCACCGCCACCUGAUUAUGACUACUAUUAUAACGAUUACUAUCGUCGCUGGAGCGGCAUUAUGAAUUUCUACAAGUGAAAGCACAGAACACAAAGAUGAAGACAUGGAACAGAAGGUCGGUCGUAGGUUCGAGAUGUUGAUCCGCUUUCGUUAAAACAGAAAACUGAAAACCGAGUGAUUAUGGUCGAAUAUCUCUAGAGAUACAAUAUGGAGAUUCCAUAACAGUGCAAAGCACCACUCGCGAAACAAAAAAAAAUCAUAAAUUUCACCCCGUUCUAUCCUUCUAUUCGGUUAAAACACGUUUGUUGUUGAUUGAAUUGAGCCAGCUUACCCCGGCGUAGUUUCAGAGAAUAUUCUAACCGCUGCAAAACGGGAGAAAAUGAGGAUCUUAUCAUUAUCAAAUUUUUGUUUUAUAAGUGCUUUUAGUUGUUAGAGGAGAGACUAUAUUUAGUUCAAACACAUAGAAUUGCAUCGCGUGGAGAAGAAUGUAACGAGGGAGAGUGAAAGCUAGAAGUCAGCGAGUUUUUGUAAAUAUUACCUUUAACAGCUUGAUAGCGAUAACUACACUCUGAGUAUAAACACAUAAAACCAUAAAGUCAGUGGAAUCGAUAGCAGUACAUAGUUUUUAGGUGGAACUGAAUAAGAAAGAUGAAUCACUCUACAGACACAUACAUUUGUGAGUAUAUGCAAAAAAUGAAAAUACACAUUUUAUUGUUAGAAGUAAUAAAAACAGAUGAUACAAACGAGUUUAACUUCACAAUGUGUUUAAGGAGAUACUAUCUUGAUCAAGAAAAAAGCUGCUCCAUAUACACAUCGUAAGUUCAACGAGCAAAAUAAAUCCGAGCAGUAUGAUACAUUAGUGGAUGGUAAAAACUUAUAUCCAGCUAACACAAAUGUCGCAAUUUCGAUAGCAGUUACACCGUAAAUUGAUCAUUUCAGGGGCAAGAAUGGAUUUCGUUUUCAGUAAAAAAUAGUAUCUGCAUCCGGACAAAAGUAGUCGCAGUGCACACAAACUAUCCCAAUUUCUGAUCAGAGAAUAAGCGGAUUUAAAAUAAAGUAUCAAAUAAUAACAAAA